GUUUUCACUAUUUUCAGGUUUGCUCCUGCUGAAGGUAAACAAAUGGACUUAGCGGCGGUUUGCGGUAAAAACAUGAAAAAUGUGAUCGAAGAUCGCGGAUUAAAGCGAGUAAAAUGCCCAGACAGAAGAGAAGAUAUACUGUACGGUUCCCUCCUCAUGGAGUGUACCCGCCGCUUUCACGGGCUGUCGAAAAUCUGGCCCUCGCCUUCCUGACAAAGUGGUAAACUCUACGCCUGUCAAGCGUGUUUUCAGCGGUUUUUCUCAGUGAGGACAACACGGAGGUUGAGUUAACAGCUUGUAGUAGAACUAAAGAGUCGCAUCAAAAAGAUCAUGCAGAAGGACGCAGAGGUGGGGAGGAUUGCCAUGGCGGUUCCUGUGAUCAUCUCUCGGGCCCUGGAAAUGUUCCUGAAGUGUCUGCUGACCAAAACCUGCCUGAUAACUCAGUCAAAGCUCAGCAGCGUCGUGUCUGUCGCUCAUAUGAAGCAAUGCAUCGAGUCAGAGGAGCUCUUUGACUUCCUCAAGGGCCUGGCGGAGCGAGCCACGUCUACGGCAGCCCAGAAGGACAACAGAGGGAUGGGCAUGUGGCCGUUGUACAGGACCACACGACAUGAAACUUCUGCUAAAAAAGCGUCUGACGUGGUGGAGACGGCGGCGCGGUCGAGGCUCGACUCCGUGGACAUCGACUCCACGUCCAGCGAGUCGGAGCUUUUCAUCUGCUUGUGACGGCGACCGUUCGGCCAGAGGAAGGAGCUGCAGCACAUCCGUUCAUCCUGUCACUUCUGUUUCAGAGUUUCUCUUUGUUUAAACUCGCCCGGGUCACCGUUUUGGUGGGUGUUGUUGUUUUAGGGGGAAAAAAAAACAUUUGAGUUACACAUUUAAGAGCUUCGCCUGCCAGCUUUUCUAUUUUCUUUGGAAGAAAAGUUUAGUAUUGAAUCCCUUUUUGUUUGUACCAGAUGGGCAUUAGAACGGAGAAAAUACGGACUUCAGACUUUUCAAGUCUAAAGCUUUUUUGUGGUUCAAGCUGUUUGCUUCAAAUUUUUGUUUUGUAGUUGAAUUGAAAAUAAACGUUUGCCCUGAUUGAUGGCUAAGACGUCACGUCUCCCAGUUUGUUACGCAUCACCGAGUCUCCGCUUGCUUUCUUUCAAGCAUUUAAUUUUGAAGCACUUGUAGAUGGACGUCUUAAAGACAGUAAACAUUCAUGUUAAAUGUGAUCGAACUGCAAAUAAACGAGUUCAUUUCAGCGCCUGUGAUUUGACAGAUUUAAUGCGAAGAAGAUAAAAGAUGUGCUCACAUAAAUAAAAACAAAUAAAGAGCAUACAGGUUUUGGUUUAUUCCAACCAACUCGGAUUUUUUACAUCAUGAAGGAAUGAAAUGAUGAAUAAAUAGAUGCAUUUUGUUCUGCAAACUGUUUACUGGAAAUGUACAUUUUGAAGCCAAAUAUAGCAAAACGUCUCGAGAUGCUACGCCAGCUACCUGCACAAGGAACCGAACCUUUUCAUGUUGCGACACCGACUGAACGUUGGUGUUCGUGCUGAAGGUCUGAUCUGAUCACAGACAGGCAGACGCUGAAACCGUGCAUGAAAUCAGGUCUCCAAUACAGUACGGUAAAGCUAUAAGUGACAAACUUCACGAGUAAAGCUGAGAUCCAGUAGUCAUUCCUCCCUCCGGCAGUUUGAAAUUAGAAACUAAACAUGCAUGUCUGCUCAAAGCAUCUUCACUACAGUUACACUUGAAAAGAGUAAAAUAAGUAAAAAAAAAAAAAAAA